AUGCAAUCAUGUACGCUAGAUACAUGUCGUCUACAAUGUCGUACUUCUUUUUCUCAAUGCCAAGCAGAUUCUCCUAAUGGUCAAAUUUCAGUACAAUGUUUACCAUAUACUAAUCCGCUGUAUAAUUGUCAAUGCGAUUGUUGUAAUACAGGUUCUACUACUUGUACACCAUUUUUUGUUGGUUAUAGUACUGCAUAUGUAUGCACACCAGGUUCCUGUAGUAUUUCAUGUAAUACACAGUAUCCAAUUCAAUGUGUAUCAAAUCAUAAUGGACAAACAAGUGGUAUAUGUACUGGUCCCAUUACGACAACGACAACAACAACAACAACAACAUUGACAACGACAGUCAAUAGAUUAACUGAUAGUCCUUCGAUAGGUCAAACUUGCUCAUGUAUGUGCUGUCAAUCGGGUCCUAAUUGUUCACCAAAUACCUAUGUGGGCAACGUUAUAGUACCACAAUGUUCAUCAUCGACUUGUAUAGCAGCAUGCCAAACUCGAUAUCCAGGACUUUGUCCAUCGGUAUUCAAUUUGGGUCAAACGAAUGGUAUUUGUAUAAGUCAAAAUAAUGGAAAUAUACGUUGUCAAUGUCAGUGUUGUGAAGCAAAUGGAUGUCCAACUUAUAAUCUUAUGACAAAUGGAGAUUGUACAUCAUGUUAUACAUUAUGUCAACAAGGAUCACCUUGUAGUAAUACGAAUACUGUAACAUACAGUUGUAAUCCAAAUAAAUCAAAAAAAUCAGCAGAGUUUUCUCUUUCAUUCAUUAUUUUUAUAUCUGUAAUUGUUUUAUUAUAA